CUAGUUUUUUUUUCCAUCCAUGCAAAAAAAUGAAGGUGUGUUGUAAAAAAUUAUCAUUUAUUCGUUCUCCUCCAUUUUAAAAAUUAGUGUUAUUAGUCCAGUCAACCAGUGAAAAUGAAUGCCCUAAGUAGAAUCGUUUCUUCUCAAAGGUAUUCUAGGAACCUUAUAAGAAUUUCCAGCACUUAUUAUUCCACCGAUGAUAGAUGGAUGAUUGCUGUGAAAAAUGCUGAAAAAAUCGUAGGCUAUUCAACUUCUUUCAUGAAUUUGAGAUGGUUACUUACUGAUGAAAUUUCAAAUAUCGCUUCUUAUGUCUCAAAACUUAUAGGAACCAGGCAUCCCAUGUUAGGAGUUGCAAGAGACCUAAUACAGCAAAAUGAUACUGCAAAAUGGGGCCUGAUUGUUCUUUUGGUAUCGAAAGCAGGAGGGAUCACUUCAGGAAUUGAGGAUAUUGAACAAGAUGAAUUAACAGGAAUACUUCAUACUCAAAGAAGCCUUGCAGAAAUAACAGAAAUGAUAAAAACUGGACAUCAAAUGCACAGUACUAUGUUGACUCUGAAGGAAACUGAUGAAAACUAUAAGAACUUACAUUUUGGAAACAAACUCGCCUUGUUAUCUGGUGAUUACUUAUAUAGCAAGAGUUUCAAAGAUCUGGCGUUACUAAAUAACAACGACUUGAAUGAAAUUAUUGCUACUUCUUUAAGGGAUUUAGCUCACAGUGAUUUUAUUCAGCCUAGAGAUCAGUAUGACAAGCCACUUCCAAGUAAACCAAACCCAAAUAAUUAUAAGAAUCAAAUAUCUGAGUCAGAUAUGGGACCUUACGACAUAAACAAGUUCUUAGGAAAUCCUAGAGAAGAAUGGAUCCUAAGAAAUGUGCUUGGAGGCAUUACUCUGUUAGCUAAAAGUUGUAAAGGUGCCAUGAUACUUGGAGGACAUCCCAAAGAAUUCCAGCAAAUAGGCUUUGAACUUGGAAGGAGUUUAGGACUUGCAUGGCAAGCUAACGAGGAAUUGAAACCUUUUAUACAAAAUACCACAUUACCUUUCAGUCUCACUAGUGCCCCUGUUCUGUUCCAACUUCUUGAAGAACCAGACAUGUAUGAACUUUUUGAAGGUAGUAAUUAUCAGUAUAAAGAGAUUAGAAAUAGAGUUCUUAAUGGAGAAGGCAUUAAUAAGACAGUUGAUUUAUUACAAGAAUUGAAGGAAGAAAGUAUGGAUAUUUUGGAUACUUUUCCAAGAAAUGAUGCUCAGUUCGCCUUAAUGCAAUUGGUGGAAGCUUUGUCUCCAUACUGACUCUAAAGUUAGUUGAAAUAAUAUUGAAUUGAUAUCAUUAUUGUUGUCAGCACAUUUUCAUAAACAACAAGAUUGAUAUGGCUGUGAUGAUUUUGUGCAUAUCAGAAAGUACCACUCUGUCUUCGAAUUGAGUUGUGCUUCAUUUUUUCAGUUUUUUUUUUGAGCUCUAGCAAUAUAAGGUAUCAUUAAUUGGAUAUUCCAAAACAUGUUGUUUAUUUUAUUUUGUUUGUUACCACAUAAUAAUCUUGUGAUAUUGAAUCAUGUUGAAUGAUAGAAACAAUUUUAAUCGGCAGUUGAAAUCAAUAAUAUGAGUGAAGCCAUUAAAACAAUAUCUCAUGAGUAUUACAUUCUUUACAGAAUUUUUUUAUAUAUAAUUUAUCUACCAAGAAUAUUUUAGUUACAAAUGAAAAUAAAAUUAUUUUUGUUGUAAUUCAAUACUUGGGUGAUAUAGAUCAAUUUGUUUCUUAUCUACAAUUUUAGCUAUUGUUGUGCUAUGUUAUAUACAAAACUUUUUUGCUGGUUGAAAAAGCUUUGUUCCAUGCAUUUUCCAAAUGUGAUAUAAAUAGAUUGUGUUUUUAGGUGAAAUAAAAUUUUUCACAGUU